ACUAAUAAUAUGCAGGAAAACAAAAGCAAGAACAACAAAGUCGCCUAAAUUUCCGAAUCAACGAUUAUUCCCCCCAUUUCCUGCAUAUUCUUUUUUAUUUUAUUAAAAUCCACUAUCUUCAUCUUCCACAUAAUUAAAAAAAAAUAAAAUUCUGCAAAAUUUGAUAUAGAUAAAACAAAAUACGAAAAUUAAAGAUUAGAGAGAAAUAAUGAUUCCACAGAAAUGGGCACCACCUUGUAACAAGCAAUGCACAAAUAAAUUCUCAGCCCUCACCCAAAUUCCUUGGAGAGUUUUUUGCAAAAAGGCGUGUGAUGAUGACGGCGAUACAUGGGAGGAAUGUUUGGAACAAUGCGAUGAGAUGUGCUAUAAAGGUCCGGUUAUGAAGGAUCAACAAUGGAGUGCUUGUAUUGAUCGCGCCCCUGGUUCUGCUACCCACUCUGAGGAUUGUCAUCGCGCUUGUGUAGCUGGCUGUGGUUUCAAGUUUGAUAUCCCUCCUGAGGAAGUAAAUAAAAUCCAAUCAAACAGGUCUUCCAAGACUCUAGCAGAAGAGGAGCCAGCUGAUAAAAACAAGUAAACUUGAAGAUUUUCUUAAUGCAACUAAUUGUAAUGGGCAAGAAUAGCAUAUAUAUAUAUAUAUAGUUUAUUCUACGAGAUAGGAUUUCUAUUAUAGGAAACAGUUUCUCUAUUCCUCGAAAGGUACAAUUGAGGUCUGUGUAUAUUCCAUUCUAAUCGUACACUAUUUGUGGGAUUAUACUGAGUAUAUUAUUGUUGUAACUUCAUUAUGCAAAUAGAAGUGUUAACUUUUUCUUUUUGUAAUACAACAAUCUAUACAUAA